UAUUAAAUGACCCACAGUGUUAGGACUUACGACUGGGGAGUAGUGAGAAAAGUGGCACUCUAAUAACAACUAACUAACUAGGGUUCAAUUCAAUUCAAUCACAAUGAGCUUGUCUCUUAUUCAAGGCUAUUCUUCAGCUGAAGAAGAAGAAGAAGAUCAACAAAAACCUCACAUCCACGAUUCCGACACCGACGACUUAGACGAUGUCAACGAUAACGCCGUCGAACCCUCCGCCGCAUCCCAUCCAUCUCUGGGGGAUAGAUCCAUCUUCGACCACCAUCCUCCACCUCCUUCUGCUUCUGGUCUUCCUUCUGCAUUCGACGCUUUCUCCGAAAUUCCAGGACCACCUCAAUUCUUGAACAAUAGCGUGGGGGAAUUCAAUCCUGCAAAAGAUGCUGAUGAACGAGGUUCAAGGAGGCAUCGCAAGGAGAAGAAGGAUUUACCCACUGGUGCGGUGGUAGAGGCCAAAGCUCAACUAGUUGGGAUUCAUGAGCGAGUAAGAAGUGACAUCAACGGUGGCCAACCACAAACACCAGCUUCCUUGAUCAAUUCAGAACCAAGCAAGCGGGUGCCAACUGCAACUAAUCCUAAUGCUGAAGAUGCUGCUGAGCUUUUUAGAAUGUGCUUGCAGUGUGGAAUUCCCAAGACUUACUCCAGUGCUCGUGGAAUGGUCUGCCCUGUAUGUGGCGAUCGCCCUCCACAGGAUCCAAAUGCAGAGUCCAAGAAAAAAGGAUCAACAAUCAAAGACAAGGAAAAAUCUAAAAGGAUGAGGGGCCAAUCAUCUCAUGCAAGUUGGAAAAGUGAAACAGAGAUGCAGUUAAGGCAACACUUUGAUUAGCAUCUAUUGUUUGUAGGUUAGGUGUCCUUUGUACAAUGUAACAAGUUUGGGAACUAUGUUGUUGAAUCAAAUCAGCAAAGUUUGUCGUUAAUGAUAUCAACAGAAGUAAAAGCUGCUAAAAUGACUGGCUUUAUGAUUACAAAUUUUAUAGUAGUGAUUGAAUUUAGA